AUGAGUGUGUCGAUUACUGUGAGUGGUUUGGCUGGCGAACUGUGCACGCUCAGAGCAGGGAAGGACUGGACCUUGAGGCAAGUAAAGGAUUCGAUCGAAGAGGCCACUACCAUACCACGGGCGUGCCAGCAACUUCUAUGGAAGAGGCAGGUGUUGGCCGAUGAUCUUCAAUGUCUGCGCUGCCUGGGAUCCGGCAACUUGGACCUGAGCCUGCUGCAGCGAAGUCCUGCACAAGCUCAACUGCUGCAUUCACUGCAGCAUGCUCGCCAACAUCGCGCGGGGCUGCUUCUAUAUGCCGCUGCAGAGAAAGGUGUCACAUUCGACAAGGAAAUCAUAUUGGCUGCCGUGCAAAACGACCCUGACAUCUUAGACGACUUGGAACCAGGAUGGAAGGCAGACCGUGAUGUGGUGGCAAUGUCGAUUCAGCAGACUGGAUCAGCCCUGCAACAUGCUGCUGCAGAGAUGCGCGGCGACCGCGAGCUUGUCCUGAAGGCAGUGCGGCAGGAUGGUGAUGCUCUGCAGUAUGCCAGCGAUGUCAUCAACCAGACCACCACUCCUUCCGAGGCGCUCGAACGAGGCAUUGUCAUGAAAGCUGUGGGGAUGGACGGCCUUCUCUUGAAGUUUGCAUCGCAGCGGCUACAAGCUGACCCCGAAGUAGUGGCACAAGCCAUUCAACAAUCCGGGGACGCUCUUCAAUAUGCAAGCUUAGCACUGCGAAGUGAUCCGACUCUGGUCGCGACUGCAGUGAAGCAGUGCCCUCAUGUUUACCUCCUGGCAACGGGCGCUGCCGGUGCUGGCAAGGACUUGGCCGUGGAAGCUUUGAGAGGCAACGGGGAACUUCUUCAGCACAUCUCGGGGCCUCUGAGGUCCAGCAAGGAAGUGGUGCUGGCUGCCGUCAGCAGUAAAGGAGCAGCCUUGCAACAUGCUUCGCGGCAUCUUCGCGCUGACCGAGAGGUUGUCCUGACAUCAGUUCGAUCGGACUGUCGCGCACUGGAGUAUGCCGCUGCGGAGCUCAAGGCAGGGUCUGACCGUGAGAUCAUGAUGGAAGCCGUCGCGCAGGAUGGGGGCAUGCUGAUGUACGCCUCAGGUACGCUGAGGAACCUGACAGGAGCGUCGUCCUCCGAUACUUUUUGCCCAAGCGUUGUCUCGAGACGCAUCUCCGGUACUGAAAGCUUUUGCUUCUGCGCUCUGGCGAGCACCCUUGAGCCGUCGCGCAGCUUCAUGAAAUUUCUGAUCCUCCUGCUGUGGCCCUUGCUGGCAUCCGGGCUGCGCCGCAAACCCCAGGGCCGAAGUGGGGUCUUCGUGCACCUCUUCGAAUGGUCUUGGCCAGACGUGGCCAGAGAGUGUGAGGAUUGGCUGGGUCCGAAGGGUUUUUCCGCAGUGCAAGUGUCACCUCCAACAGAGCAUAUUCAGGGCCACGAGUGGUGGACGCGCUAUCAGCCCGUCACGUACAACCUAACCAGUCGCUCCGGGGAUGAGAAAGAGUUUGCUUCGAUGGUGAAGCGUUGCAGAAAGGCAAAUGUUCAAGUCUAUGUCGAUGCCGUGCUCAACCAUUGCGCUGCAAACAAAGGGACGAGCAUCAGUGGCAACAUCUACGGUGGACGAAAAACUCCCAUUUUCAGCCCGGAGGAUUUCCACCACAUCCCGGGCGACACCAGCGGAAACUGUGGCGUAAGCAAUUUUGCAGACAUUCACAACGUUCAAUUCUGUGACUUGCAGGGCUUGCCAGAUCUCUGCACCGAGUGCGAAGGCGUGCAAAGCAAGAUCGCAGCGUACUUGAGCCAACUGGUAGAGCUUGGUGUGGCUGGUGUGAGGCUAGAUGCCGCCAAGCAUAUUCCAAAAGCCGACUUGGCCAAGAUCUUUGACAAAGUUAAAGACGGCAACAAGCUGCUCAAAUACGCCGAGGUAUCGAAAGCGACUACGACAGAUGUCGUGACAGAAGAGUUAUAUGUUGAUCUGGUAGACGUCAUCGAAUUCAACUAUUACCCACAGCUUGACCAGGGCAUUGCAGAGUCGGGCCGCAUGUCGAAUUUGGAAUCACUAGGAGGGGCACCAGAUCUGGUGCCAGGUUCUUCGGCAGUGGUCUUUGUGGAUAACCACGACACGCAGCGUUCCAAGGACAGCAGCAACGCGGCAAAGCUGACUUACAAAUCUGGAAGGCUAUAUCAACUGGCCAGUGCCUUCAUGCUGGCCCAUCCCUAUGGGUAUCCUCAGAUCAUGAGCUCUUUUCAUUUCAGCGACUAUGACCAAGGUCCACCUUCAGUUUCUGUUCACAAAGAAGACGGAGACCUCCGUUGUGGAGAAUUCCAGCCAUGGGUUUGUGAGCACAGGUGGGCUGGCAUCGCGAACAUGGUAGCAUGGCGCCACACUGCCGGCGACAGUCCCAUCACGCAUUUUACGGCACUCAGUGAAGACACAGUCUCCUUUUGCCGCGGUAGCGUGGCAUGCAUCGCAUUCAACCGGCAAGAGUCCGACGAAUGGGUGGUCAGCCUCGACUUGCCGCUAGACCCAGGUGACUACUGUGAUGUGGCGAGUUCGGAUGGAGUUGGAUGCCCAGUGAUCAAGGUGGACAGUGAGAAGACGGCCAAGAUCACGGUCCCAGCGCAGGGUUUCGUAGCAAUUCAUGCCGGGGCACGGAAAAAGAGCCCUCCAAAAGACGACGACUCCGACGUGAGCGAGGUGCAGCUUCGUGCAAGACCCGCACAUCCCCCGAAGGGUGUCUUCUCCAUCAGUGCUGGUGGCGCAUACCAAGAGUGGUGA